GUCUGUUCUUGGGAGAAAUUCGUUCUACCAUCCUUCCCUUUUUAAGAGAGGGAGAGAGGGGAAGGGAGAUGGAGAGAGAGAGAGAGAGAUAGAGUGAUUUUCUUUCGCUUGGUUUUUUCUGUUUGGGAUUGAUUUUCUUUGAGAGAGAGAGAGAGAGAGGGUAGAGUUCUCUUUUGGAAUUUUCAUUUUCAUUACAAGUUUGUCUAAUUUUCAUGUUUGGGUCAUAUAAGAUUGUACGAGAAUCAAUGGAAGUUGCAGAAGACUCUCAUCGGCCUUUUCCACUUAUGGAAUCUCAUUCAAAAUCAAGAACCGGUAGACACAGUCUCCUCUAUGCAUGGGGAGUUUCCCUCUUAGCCAUAGCCCACAAAGCUUACAUAAUGGUAGAAGAGCUACAUGGCCCCUUUGGCUCCCUAGCACAGCGACUGGCUUCACUUGCCAGCCCGAUUGUCCACACCAUGCAAUAUCAAUGGCUAGAAAUCCUUUCCUUCGUAGAUGACCAAAUCCUAGCCAUUGAAGACAUGCUCAAGAGCCUCUUCCCACCUUCAGCCUACGUUUUUGACAGGAUCGAUAUGAUCACCGACAUCUGCUGGAUCCUUGCAGGAAAACUUGAUCACAUCAUGGACGAUUAUCAGAUGGUGACGAUUGACCAAGUGACAUUCCUCAAUUGGGUUGCAACCCAUUUGAACAUAGGACUGAAUUUCUUGAUCUCCACAAUGAUGGAAUGGGAUGAUGGCCGGAUGGAGGAGGAAAGAGAUAUCUUCAUGGACAUCAAUUGCGAUGAGCAUUCUAGUGAAACACCACGGGAGGAUCCAAAAGGAGCCAAACAAGUCCUAACACAUAAUUCAAUGGAGAAGACACCCAUUUUCGACAAACCUCAACAUCCAGAACCCAAAGUGGAAACCACAGAGAAACCAUGCAAUGAUGACAACAUAGAGAAACCGUCCAUCAUCGAUGAUAUUAAACAUAAUGAAAACAAGGCGGUGAUGAUGAAGAAACCGGGCAUCAAUGAUUAUGAUUACAUGGAGAAGCCACCUAACUUCAAUUAUACUAAAUAUGACGUGGCAAAGAAGGUGACCAUUUUCGACGAUACUAAGCAUGCUAAGACCAAUGUGGGGAUGCCUAAUAAGGCCCACAUUUUCAACGGCAUUGCUAGAGGUCAUGUAGAUAGGGCGCGUAGGGAGAUCUUGGGUGCUCUGGAGAAGAUUGCGACAAAGGAGAGUAGCAUUAGGAGCCAAGCCAUUCGCACGGUUCCCAUACACAAAGCUCCCCUACAAGUGCAGACACAGCAAGCGGCCAUGGUUCCCAUACAUGAAGCACCCCUACAAGUGCAGACACAGCAAGCGGCCAUGGUUCCCAUACAUGAAGCACCCCUACAAGUGCAGACACAGCAAGCGGCCAUGGUUCCCAUACAUGAAGCACCCCUACAAGUGCAGACACAGCAAGCGGCCACAGUUCCCAUACAUGAAGCACCCCCACAAGUGCAGACACAGCAGGCGGCCAUAAAUGACGACAUGAUUCUGGAGCUUUUUGAUGCUGGGUGGCACUCACAAAGGGGAAGUAAAAGAGGUGCAUAGACCCAGUUCUAGAGGUUGGUACAAGAAAAGAACAACAGGCAGAUGGAGCCCAUUGUGAUGUGGAGCCUGUGAAGGGUAAGCAUGCUUUGUUUAUGUAUGACCUCUGAAAAUCUGUUUAUACAUGUUGUAUUGGUCACCCCAGAACUGAGCUGCAUCAGGCUGAUAUGGGCUGUAUGGUUUAUGAACAUUGACGGAACCAUGUCAAACAGGGCUAUACAUAUAAUCUCCCAGACUCGGAUGGGUUCGGCCUCGACUCAGGACCCAAAUCGGAAUGAACGAGUCGAGGUAUGAAAGUGAUUAUAGUUUGACA